GAUGCAGUCAAUCGCCAAACAGCUGUGCAACUGCCGACAUUAUGCCGUGGUCAAGCAAUCGUACCGUGCCGCUGACACAUUACGCAAUGUAUCAAACAAACUGAGACGCAUCGAUAAGUUCAUAUAUAGGCUAACUUCAAACAAAAGAAUGCUGCGCAAAGCAUCGAUGAUAGCCGCCGCCGUGGCUGUCGCGCCGGUUCCAGAAAAUCAAUCAGCGAACAACUCGCUUGUGUGUAAGCCAAGUGAACUACCCAUUUACGGUUCCUUGCGAAAGCCAGUGCCAGAAAAACGUUCAGAGCAUAAGCCGAAAGAUUCUGCGCUGCAAAAGAGUCUAGAGAACAGCGUUCGCUAUGUACGCCUGGAAAUGCAGAACGGAUACAAGGCAGUAGGCGAAAGAACUGCCGUUGUGAGCGAAUAUUAUAAUACUGCAAAGAACCAUACACAGCGAUCCAUCGAUUUUCUGAACGAGCCCCAGAAUUCGAUGCAUCGCAGUGGCGCCAUUGUAAUGGGUGGACUCGCUGGUUUUAUAUUUGCCGCACGUGGCGGAUUCUUCAAGAAGGUUGUUUAUACGACAAUUGGUGCUGGCACCGUCGCAUCCCUAUGCUAUCCACGCCAGGCGGAGGAAAAUGUGCGCAUUGUCUUGUACGAGGGGCGCAAGAUUUUUGCCGUUGCCUACAACUUUAUCAAAGGCGUAAAGCCUGGCGAGGAAAUACCAAUUGAGCCAAUCCAAAAGUUCCCCACAACGCUAAAGGAGCUCAAGUUUCUGGCCCUAGACCUGUUCGACGAGGCAAAGGAAACGAUCUUCCCAAAAAAGAAGUAAACAUAGGCGACAUGCAAUUACCAGCGAUACGAACCGAACGCUCAGAUGUGUUAUGAUUUUAAACAAAUUUUACUUUUUUAAACCCACAUCAUCUAUAUUUCUGAUCUUUAUUAUUCCUCUGUAUAGCAUGUAGCAGUUCUCUCUAUUGAUUCUGUCGGCUGCUGCCUGCAAUAAACUCGAGUCGCGUAUCAAAAGUGAAAUCCAA